AGGAUGAGGGCUAUAUAAAUGUAACAACUUUGUCCACUUAGAUCAAUUUGAUCAAACACUCACUAUCUCAUCCAUCGUCAUAUUACAUUCUAUCAACAUGACGAUGAAUUUACCCAUACGAGUCCUCAUGAGUCGAUGGUUCAUGGUGUUUGGCACCAUCUUGAUCCUAUCGGCGGCGGGUGCCACCUAUAUGUUCGGCUUAUAUUCCGGUGACAUAAAAUCUUCCCUUGGAUAUGACCAAACUACCCUCAAUCUACUAAGUUUCUUCAAAGAUUUAGGAUCCAAUGUUGGUAUUCUAUCAGGUCUAAUUAAUGAAAUUUCACCACCAUGGGUUGUUCUUUCAAUUGGUGCUGUCCUAAAUUUUUUUGGGUAUUUCAUGAUAUGGAUGGCCGUGACCAAAAAAAUGUCUACACCAAAAGUUUGGUUAAUGUGUUUGUAUAUUUGUAUUGGUGCAAAUUCACAAUCUUUUGCUAAUACUGGAGCACUUGUUACAUGUGUCAAGAAUUUUCCAGAGUCACGUGGUGCUGUUCUUGGACUUCUUAAAGGUUUUGUUGGUCUAAGUGGUGCAAUUUUGACACAAAUUUAUCAUGCCAUUUAUGGUAAUGAUUCUAAAUCUUUAAUUUUGCUUAUUGGUUGGUUACCAGCUGUUAUUUCCUUUGUUUUCCUACGUACAGUUCGGAUUAUACAAGUUGUUAGAAUUCCACAUGAACUCAAAGUGUUCUAUAGAUUUUUGUACAUGUCACUUGGUCUAGCUGGAUAUCUCAUGGUGAUUAUCAUACUUCAAAAGAAAUUGGAUUUUACAAGGGCUGAGUAUGGUUUGAGUGCAGCCCUUGUAGUUUUCUUGCUUUUCUUACCACUUGGUUUGGUGAUAAAGGAAGAAAUCAAUUCAUGGAAUUCAAAGAAACAAGCUUUGGAUAGUAUUUCUGAGGUGAAAGUGGUUAUCGAGAACCAUAAAAGUAGUAGUACUGAGGCUCCUCAGCUGCCAUCAGUACCACAAUCAUCAGUUGCCAUCAGCACUGACGUUACUUUUAAGAAACAAGCUUUGGAUAGUGUUCCUGAGAAGUCAGAUAGUACUACUGAUAUUGUUAACUUAAAAGAUCCAGAAGUUUCUUGCUGGAAAACAGUUUUUCGACCGCCCGAUCGAGGCGAAGACUUCACUAUACUCCAAGCUCUCUUCAGUCUUGACAUGUUGAUCCUAUUUUUUGCUACAAUUUGUGGAGUUGGAGGUACUUUAACAGCUAUAGACAACUUAGGACAAAUUGGAACAUCACUUGGUUACCCUAAAAAAAGUAUUAGCACAUUUGUGUCUUUAGUAAGCAUAUGGAAUUAUUUAGGGAGAGUAGUGGCUGGUUUCUUAUCUGAAUAUUUCUUGAAAAAAUACAAAUUUCCAAGACCUUUAGCCCUAACCAUAACACUAAUAAUCUCUUGCAUAGGACACAUUUUAAUUGCAUUUAAUGUCCCUGGUGGACUAUAUAUUGCAUCUAUAAUUAUUGGAUUUUGCUUUGGGGCACAAUGGCCAUUACUUUUUGCAAUAAUUUCUGAACUUUUUGGACUAAAAUACUACUCAACAUUGUACAAUUUUGGGUCAGUAGCAAGUCCAAUUGGUUCAUAUUUACUUAAUGUAAAAGUGGCUGGUUAUUUAUAUGAUAAAGAGGCAGAAAAACAAUUGAAGGCAUUGGGAAGGAGAAGAAUGGAUGGGGAAGAUUUGAAUUGUGAUGGAGUUGUGUGUUUUAAAUUAGCUUUUAUUAUUAUAACAUUAGUUACUAUUUUUGGGGCUUUUGUUUCAACAAUUUUAGUGAUUAGGACUAGGAAAUUUUAUAAGAGUGAUAUUUAUAAGAAAUUUAGAGAACAAGCUAAGGAUGCUGAAAUGGAAAUGGCAUUAGCACAAAAUGGUACUACUAAGAGAAAAGAAUUAAAUUAGAUAGUGUUUUGCAUCUUUUGUAAUAUAUAUUUGUACAUGUUAUGAAAUAUAUUUUUGAUAUUUUCUCUUA